ACGAGAAUACACAGCUGAAGCGCAUUCCCCGCGAGAAAUCGCCAAAGGACCCAAUGUCCCAUUGGUGUAUCUGCCGACGGCCCAGACCGACUGGCGUUUCUGGCCCAAAGGAAACCCAAAAGUCUAUCGGCAUAUGGUCUUUGCGUGUUGAUAAGCCGCGCAGCGAUGAUCAACAGCGGUAAGUUGUGGUAUGGGGGUUUUGUUCCGCUGUUGAGGAACAUCACUCAACAACACACUGGCAAGUGCAUUCCGUCUUUCCCAAAGAGGCCCGAGACACGGCAGAGGCUGAGCUGAUCGGCUCUGACUAUCUGCAUUGUGCGGUGGUAAUUUGAUAUUUGGUUCAAUGUAGAAGUACAAGUAUGUCAUUAUCUCUCCGCACCAGCCAAAGAAGUGACAUAUAAGACCUUUUGCCGGAAGGUUCUGUAGCGACCGAUUCAUUAUUCUACCAUAUACCCAAUCAUGGAAAAGCGAACAUCAAACGAACCUGCGGCUUCCACGAAAGAGGACCUGUGCGAUGUCAAAGGCGAGGGACUCCCCGCGGCCGCUCAAGAUGUGGUAUUGGGAGAAAUGCUCGAGGUCGACGCGACGCCGGAACAGGAGCGGAAAGUGCGAUUGAAGUUGGAUUUGGUAUUGCUGCCGAUGAUGGGUGCUUGUUACAUGAUGCAGUACAUGGACAAAUACGUGUUGAGUCAGGCGACGCUAUUCAACUUGCGACAGGACCUUAACCUUGUCGGCGACCAAUUCAACUGGACAUCGGCGAUUUUCUAUUUUGGAUAUCUGGUCUGGAGUUGGCCGAGCUCAUACCUCAUGGUCCGGCUGCCCAUCGGAAAGUACCUCAGUGUUUGUGUGUUUCUUUGGGGAGGGUUUCUCCUGUGCCAUGCGGCAGCAAAGAACUUUGCAGGCCUAAUGGCAGCCAGAUUCUUUUUGGGAGUUGGAGAAGCAUCGAUUGCCCCAGGUUUCUCUCUCGUCGUUGGUAUGUUCUACACGCGAGAAGAACAGCCAGCACGACAAGCCGCCUGGUAUCUCGGAAACUGCGUCGCCAACCUCAUCAGCGGUGUGGUCGUCUAUGGCAUUGGAAACAUCACAAUCCACACGAUCGCUCAAUGGCAACUGAUCUUCCUCGUUCUGGGUGCCGUGACCACGAGUCUGGCGUUCUGGUUGGUCGCAUUGCUGCCCGAUACCCCCAAGAAUGCCAUCUUUCUCAAAGAGAAGGAACGCGCCAUUGCGCUGCAGCGGACACUGAAGAACAAGACGGGUGUCAUGGACGUUGGCACGUUUAAGUGGAAUCAAGUGUGGAUGGCCUUUAAAGAUCCGCAGACGUGGUUCUUGGUUUUGUAUAACUUUUGCGUCAACCUUUGCAAUGGCGGUAUCACCUCGUUCUCAUCAAUUCUCAUCAACGGCUUCGGAUACGGUCGACUGAGGUCCCUCCUACUGCAAAUGCCUAUGGGAGCCGCCCAGAUCGUUUUUCUAGUGAUCACCUCCGGCGUGGCCACCUACAUCAAGUCGACCCGAAUCGCCAUGAUGAUGUUUACUACAUCACUAUCGAUGAUGGGGAUGAUCCUGAUCUGGAAAUUGGACGCGGACAACAAGGGUGGUCGGCUCACGGGCUUGACCUUUGGCGGCGUGUUCGCCGUUAACAUCCCGCUGUCGCUGAGUUUAGUCAGUUCCAAUGUUGCCGGGUUCACGAAGCGGAGUGUCAUCAGUGCUUUGAUCUUCGUCGCAUACUGCGUUGGGAAUAUCGUUGGACCUCAGUUUUAUCUUGCGUCGGAGGAGCCAGAUUAUCCGACCGGAAUCAAAGCAGCCAUGUGCGGUCUUAUCCUGGGCAUCUUCUUCUUAUUCUGCCUGAUGGUGUACUACAUCUGGGAAAACCGCCGCCGCGACGCACUAUACGGACCCCCUUCGUUAAUGACGGAGAACGAAGAAUUGCAGCAAGACCUGUCCAACAAGACAGAUGGGGAGAUGGAAAGUUUCCGCUAUGUAAUUUAGUCACAAUCGAGCCAUGAAAAGCGCUCAGCACUUAAUGAUGUCAUGAAUCAAUGCAAUACCCUUGCGG